UUCAAAAUUAACAAAUGUGGAUAUACCAUUAAAGAUGCCAGAGACUUUGCUUCUAUAAAUUUCUGCCAUCUCAGCCUCAAAAACCACCACGGCACAACCACAUCUCUCUUUCUUGCUUCUUCCUUCAUCACCAUUAACGUAGCUUGACGGAGCCCCAAGAGAGACUAAGAUGGCCGAACAACAACUAGGAGUGCUGAAGGCACUCGAUGUUGCGAAAACGCAACUUUAUCAUUUCACAGCGAUUGUUAUCGCUGGAAUGGGUUUCUUUACUGAUGCCUACGAUCUUUUCUGUGUCUCUUUGGUGACCAAGCUUCUUGGACGCCUCUACUAUUUCAAUCCAUUAUCAGAAAAGCCUGGCUCACUUCCCCCUCACGUUGCGGCUGCGGUCAAUGGUGUGGCUCUUUGUGGGACUCUCGCUGGUCAGCUAUUCUUCGGAUGGCUCGGUGACAAGCUUGGAAGGAAAAAAGUGUAUGGUAUUACAUUGAUCAUGAUGAUCGUGUGCUCUGUGGCUUCCGGUCUCUCUUUUGGUAACCAAGCUAAGGGUGUCAUGACCACUCUUUGCUUCUUUAGGUUUUGGCUAGGAUUCGGUAUUGGAGGUGACUACCCUCUUUCUGCCACCAUCAUGUCCGAAUAUGCUAACAAGAAGACUCGUGGGGCUUUCAUCGCAGCAGUGUUCGCCAUGCAAGGUGUCGGUAUCUUGGCCGGAGGUUUCGUGGCACUUGCGGUUUCUACGAUUUUCGACAAGAAGUACCCAGCUCCAACCUAUUUAGUUGACAGGGCUCUCUCAACGCCUCCUCAGGCUGACUACAUCUGGCGAAUCAUCGUCAUGUUUGGUGCUCUACCAGCAGCCUUGACUUACUACUGGCGAAUGAAGAUGCCUGAAACCGCACGUUACACCGCUCUAGUUGCCAAGAACAUCAAACAAGCCACGCAAGACAUGUCCAAGGUCUUACAAGUGGAGCUUGAGAUGGAGGAAAGAGCAGAGGAUGUCGUUCAAGACCCUAGACUUAACUAUGGCUUGUUCUCCAAGGAAUUCGCCAGACGCCAUGGACUUCCCCUCCUCGGAUGUACAUCCACUUGGUUCUUGCUUGACAUUGCAUUUUACAGCCAAAACUUGUUCCAAAAGGACAUCUUUUCAGCUAUUGGAUGGAUUCCAAAGGCAGCAACCAUGAAUGGAAUCCAUGAGGUUUUCAUGAUUGCUAGGGCACAAACACUCAUUGCACUUUGCAGCACUGUCCCCGGCUACUGGUUCACGGUUGCGUUUAUUGAUAUUAUGGGAAGGUUUGCGAUCCAGCUAAUGGGCUUUUUCAUGAUGACUGUCUUUAUGUUUGCUAUCGCCUUUCCAUAUGACCACUGGAUCAAACCCGACAACCGUAUCGGAUUUGUCGUCAUGUACUCUCUCACUUUUUUCUUCGCCAACUUCGGGCCAAACGCAACCACCUUCAUUGUACCAGCUGAAAUCUUCCCAGCCAGGCUAAGAUCCACAUGCCAUGGAAUCUCGGCAGCGACAGGUAAGGCUGGAGCCAUUGUGGGAGCUUUUGGUUUCCUAUACGCAGCUCAACCACAAGACAAGACCAAGACAGACGCAGGAUAUCCACCAGGCAUUGGAGUUAAGAACUCUCUGAUCAUGCUUGGUGUCAUUAACUUUAUCGGUAUGCUCUUCACCUUCCUUGUCCCUGAACCUAAGGGGAAGUCCCUUGAAGAACUCUCCGGUGAGACCGAGGUUGAGAAAUGAUUAUGCCUUAAUAAUUUCAAUUGAUAUUUGUUUGUGUCCUUGUGCUUGUAACUUUUUGUGAAGUGUGACGUGAUAUUUGUAAUGGUGCGCCUGUACUUUUGUAUAAUUUAAGCAAUUCUCAAAGAAUUGAUAAGAAGUAAGCAUUUGUACAUAUUGAUUCUUUCAAUUUUGUUACUUACAA